AUGCUCAGUGCGGCGGGCCCGGCGCUGGUGGACGGCAAGAUGAUUAUGGCGCUAAGUAAAACGUUUGGCCAGAAGCCGGUGAAAUUUCAAUUGGAGGAAGAUGGGGAGUUCUACAUGAUCGGCUCCGAGGUGGGGAAUUACCUGCGCAUGUUUAGGGGCUCACUGUACAAAAGGUACCCUUCUCUUUGGAGACGCUUGGCCACUGUUGAAGAAAGGAAGAAGAUUGUAGCCUCCUCACAUGGGAAGAAAUAUCAUGGAUACACAACUUUAGCUACUAGUGUUACUCUACUGAAAGCUUCAGAAGUUGAAGAGAUCUUAGAUGGGAAUGAUGAGAAAUACAAAGCUGUUUCCAUUAGCACAGAGCCUCCAACCUACCUCAGGGAACAAAAAGCAAAGAGAAACAGCCAGUGGGUUCCAACACUGCCCAACAGCUCCCAUCACUUAGAUGCUGUGCCCUGUUCGACUACUAUUAACAGAAAUCGCUUGGGUCGUGACAAGAAAAGAACUUUCCCUCUUUGUUUUGAUGACCAUGAUCCAGCUGUUAUUCAUGAAAAUGCUUCUCAGCCAGAAGUACUAGUUCCUAUCAGGUUGGACAUGGAGAUAGAUGGACAGAAGUUACGAGAUGCCUUUACCUGGAACAUGAAUGAGAAGUUAAUGACUCCUGAAAUGUUUGCAGAGAUCCUCUGUGAUGAUUUAGACCUUAACCCCCUUGCUUUUGUACCGGCUAUUGCUUCAGCGAUCCGUCAGCAGAUAGAAUCUUAUCCCACUGACAGCAUACUUGAGGAUCAGUCCGAUCAGAGAGUCAUUAUCAAGCUGAAUAUCCACGUUGGGAACAUUUCUUUGGUGGACCAGUUUGAAUGGGACAUGUCGGAGAAGGAGAAUUCACCAGAGAAGUUUGCACUGAAAUUAUGUUCUGAGCUUGGUUUGGGCGGGGAAUUUGUCACCACUAUCGCAUACAGCAUCCGCGGGCAGCUCAGCUGGCACCAGAAGACAUACGCAUUCAGUGAAAACCCCUUGCCAACUGUGGAGAUUGCCAUCCGAAAUACAGGUGAUGCAGACCAGUGGUGCCCACUUCUGGAGACCCUUACAGAUGCUGAAAUGGAAAAGAAGAUCCGUGACCAGGACAGAAACACCAGGUGCCACCGUCGUUUCAUACGAUUUUCCUUCCGGGCUUCUCGUCGGGGUAGAAUAUAG